GCUAUUCAUAGUUGUGAGAACUUCAGAGGUCUAUUAGAGGUCAGUGGGAGUCCUUCUAAAAGCAACUGCAGCACUGCCAGGCCUUUCAGAUAACUGGACCUCUCCACUCUGAAACACAGCCUUGACCUUUCUUCAUUUACGCUCAGUUCAGUGCAGAACAGCCAUGCAGGCUCAAGAAGUCCUCAGACAGCUGCGGAUUCCCGAGCUGGAUGACUUUCGACAGUAUGUCCGAGGCUUCCCUACAAACGCGCUCAUGGGUGUGGGCGCCUUCGCCGCCAUCACCACCUACUGGUUUGCCUCCCGACCAAAAGCCCUCAAACCGCCCUGUGAUCUCGGACUGCAGUCAAUAGAAAUACCUGGGGGAGAGCGUGCCAGAAGGUCAGUGCUAAAUGACAGCGACAGCGAGUACCUGACACAUUAUUACAGCGACGCACAAACGUUAUACGAGGUGUUCCAGCGGGGACUCAGAGUGUCAAAUAAUGGACCUUGCCUUGGGUCGAGGAAACCAAACCAACCGUAUGAGUGGCAUUCUUAUCAAGAGGUGGUGGAUAGAGCAGAGAACCUCGGCUCUGCCCUUCUUCACAGAGGUCACCUUCACACAGGCGACAAGUUUAUCGGCAUCUUUUCACAAAACAAACCUGAGUGGACUAUUUCAGAGCUGGCCUGUUACACAUACAACUUGGUGGCGGUCCCGCUGUACGACACGCUCGGCACAGAGGCCAUCGGCUACAUUAUCGAAAAAGCCUCUAUCUCAACAGUGAUUUGUGACGUGGCUGACAAGGCCCGGAUGAUUCUGGACUGCAUCAGCGGGCAGGGAAAGACAGUGAAGACCAUCGUUCUCAUGGAAGCUUUUGAUAGGGAUCUGGUGAGCCGAGGAACACAGAGCGGGGUUGAGAUACUAAGUCUGAAGGAGUUUGAGGCCAUUGGGAAAGCUAAUCAUCAGAAACCGACACCUCCUAAAGCAGAUGACCUGGCAAUCAUCUGCUUUACAUCUGGAACCACAGGAAACCCUAAAGGUGCAAUGCUUACUCAUGGAAAUGUAAUUUCCAACACCGCAGCGUUCCUUAAAGUAACACAGGGCACACUGAAGCCAGGUCCCAAAGAUGUGCUCAUUUCCUUCCUCCCUCUGGCUCACAUGUUUGAGAGGGUGGUAGAGGGUGUCAUCCUCAUCCACGGGGCACGGAUAGGCUACUUCCAAGGGGAUAUCCGCCUCCUAAUGGAUGAUCUAAAAACUCUGCAGCCAACAGUCUUCCCCGUCGUCCCCCGUCUCCUCAACCGCAUGUUUGACAAGGUUUUCAGCCAGGCCAACACACCUCUAAAAAGAUGGCUGCUAGAUUUUGCCUUCAGAAGGAAGGAAGCAGAGCUCAAAAAUGGAGUGAUGAGAAAGGACAGCAUGUGGGACAAACUCAUCUUCAAAAAAGUACAAGUGAGCCUGGGUGGACAGGUGAGACUCAUGAUCACCGGAGCAGCACCCGUAUCUCCAACCAUUCUGACUUUCCUGCGAGCUGCUCUCGGCUGUCAGUUCUACGAAGGCUACGGGCAGACCGAAUGCACAGCUGGGUGCACCAUGUCCAUGCCUGGAGACUGGUCAGCAGGUCAUGUCGGGCCUCCUUUGCCAUGCAAUGCCGUAAAAGUGGUGGAUGUGGCAGAAAUGAAUUACCUAGCAGCCAAUGGAGAAGGAGAGGUGUGUGUCAAAGGAGAAAACGUAUUCAAGGGAUACUUGAAAGACCCUGAGAGAACAGCAGAGGCAAUCGACAAGGAUGGAUGGCUGCACACAGGAGACAUUGGGAAAUGGCUUCCAAAUGGUGUUCUGAAGAUCAUUGACCGGAAGAAACAUAUUUUCAAGCUGGCGCAAGGAGAGUACAUCGCCCCGGAGAAAAUAGAGACCAUUUAUAACCGCAGCGAUCCAGUGGCUCAGAUAUUUGUUCACGGUGACAGCUUAAAGGCAUGCCUAGUGGGGAUAGUGGUACCGGAUCCAGACUUUUUACCUUUUUGGGCCAAGAAAAAAGGAUUUGAGGGAACCUACCUCGAGCUGUGCAAGAACAAGGACCUAAAGGGGGCCAUUCUGGAGGACAUCCUGAAUUUGGGCAAAGAAGCUGGACUUAAGUCUUUUGAACAGGUGAGAGACAUUGCAUUACAUCCUGAGAUGUUUAGUGUCCAAAACGGUCUGCUGACCCCCACCCUGAAGGCCAAGAGGAACGAGCUGCGGAGUCACUUCAGAGAGCAGAUUGAUGAACUUUAUGCCAAUAUCAAAAUGUGAGCUGGAACUGACCGACCGCAUGGCCACACAAACAACCAAAUCAUUUCUACAGAAGAAUCUCUGUAUUUUGUCUGCUGGGUGACAGUUCAAAUCAUUUCAUAGGAGAUGUUGCAAACAAACAGGGAAAUGAAUGUCCAUUUAAUACAUUACCUUGAUGAAACAUUGUACAGGAAAACAUCACAAAGAGUAAAUGUGAGCUCCUUAUGCCUUCACUGCCAUUAGACCUCCUUAUUGUAAAAAAAUUUGAGCUCUUGAAAAAUUCUUUACCUUUUUAUUCUGGCAGAAGACUUGCUAACUAGAGAGCUUUUACAUUGACUCAGUCAGAACUAUUUAUAUGCCAAGCUAUUUAAUGAUUUGGUUAACUAUUUAAGUUGGUAUUUAAUGUGAUAAUCAAGCCUGUAAAUAGUUUAUGUGCUGGAAAACUAUUUGUAUGCAGAAUAGCAUGUCUGAGACUCUGUAGUUAUAAAAUCCUGCAUUCCUGAGUGUCUCAGUAUAGAAGGCUGAAGGGCAGACUUCAUUAGGCUGUAUCAAAAAGGUUCAGAUAAGAGUCUGUUUGGGUUCAUGUGCCUUUGCUUCGUUUAUGUAUAGUGCAUGUAAAAUAUUUAAUGUAGCUGUAUUGUACAAGCAGAUAUUUCUAUAUAAAAACAACACAUUUAAGUUCUCAUCCAAAAAGUUGACAAGCAUAAAACCAUAAAAACAAGAGUUUUAUUCUCAACAUCACCAGUGUUAAUUAAAGUUGCCCCUAUCACAGCUUUCCAGUUUUGGUCAGCUUUAACGUUUGUUGGGCUUUCAAUUUUAGCCAAUCCUGAUUUCUCUUUAGGAGCUAGAACAUAAAGAGAUACGAGAACAGCAAAGAAACAAUUUCAUCUUCUAACCUUCGAAUGGUGAGUGAUCAUUAAUCAGUUAUGUUGGGAGCAGUGGUGAUGUCACGCCAUGUGUGAGAGGCAUGUCCCUGUAAAACAAGACUUUAAUAUAAUUUUUAAUCAAAGACAAAAUUAUUACGCAGUUGACAUUUUAAGCAUACGACCAUCUGCACUGAUGGCAUUUCAAACACCCCAUUGAGACAGAAAAUGGCUCAUUUCCAGUCUUCUCUCCAUUACAUUAUAGCGCCCACACCAAAGAGUGUCGUUUUUCCUGCAGUCUGGUUGCAUUUAGGUAUGGUGCGCUCGCUGAUCUGAAAAAGAUCAAAUUUUUGAGCGUCUAACCGGCUGGCUGGUCACAUCAGAGCCAAUCAAGCUGAUACCUCAGUGCAUCUCUACUAUAAACGCUUAAAAGCUACAUUUUACAGCUGCGGUUUAAAGUUUGAACAGUAUGACUUAAAAAUGUGUCCAGAGGCCUUUUUUUUCCUUUAUAUUCAUCAUAUGGAUGAUGAAACACUAGAAGGUACUGAGGGUCUGUUUGUGCAGACCCAUAAGUCAUGUGAAAUCCUAAGUCGCCUUUAUAACAACCCUAAGGGACUUAGUUUUCUGCUCAUCUUACAACUUACCGUCCCUCUCAAUUCUGGGACCCGUGAAAUGUUUAUUCCCAAUUUGAACAAAUACAAAUUAACUUCGCACAACACUCCCCAUACAAAUAUCUACUCUGAUGACAACAAAAACAAAUAAACAAGGUAUUGCCAAAGUAGUAGUACAUAUUUGAAUUCCUUGCUCCCAACAUCUGCAGGGAAAAUAGAUCUAACUCAACCACAAAACCUGAAGUACGAAAAAAACAGUAAAUGCAUCUUGAAGAAAGCUAUCAUAAAACACAGUUGAUCAAAUUUAGCAUCAUUGUAAAUGUCAAUUUAUUAACAUUUAAAAGUGAAUCUGUUUGAAAUGUGUGUGUGAUAUAGUGGAAGUAAACCAGUUAAAUCGAGACAUCAUAGUUCAUUUCAACAGCUUUACUGGUAAGUGUUUUUAGUCAUAAACAGUUACACCAGAACAAAUUACCAACUAAUGUUUUGUCAAGAAGGGAAUUAUAACAUUUAUGUUUAUUAUGUGUUUAUAACAAAAUUUGUUAUAAACACAGUGUGAAAGCUGUGCUGCUAAUAUUUACAAAAAUGGUACUUUCCUGGGUCAAGUUUAAAGUUUCAAUUUAAAACAUGGAGGCCCACAGGUCUCAAUAUAAAGAUUUGUAAACUUGAAUAUAUAUUUGACUCACCUGCUUUGAAGGAAGAUGUUUUCUUGUGAUCAUUUUCCGAACGACAGUUUUUCUAAAUUAAUUCAGAUGUCCUUCAAUGAUGGUCUGAAAUGUAUAGGCCGUCUAAAAAACAAAAAUGUCUUCUCGUUUCAAUUUAGUGUGCUUCUCUGCAAAACUCAACAUAUCAAGAGCUCCUUGAUGUUAAAAGCUCUGCUACUUGUUUAUGGCUUGUAUAAAAAAAAGAAAUGGGGAAAAAUUAAGUUUUCUUUGAAAUGUAGAGCAUAGGAUCUUUGUCAAAUAAAAUAUUUUCUUUCAGAA